CAGCUGUCAUGUCAUCGGUCGGCCUGUCAAAGCUGUUCAUGCGAGUAGCUAUAGCGCGCGCGAUACUGCAUGUAGCCAUGCCGCCGUUUCGAUUCCACUCUGAGGUUCACUUUGUUGUGCCGAGACGGUAGGCUAAGCCUAAGCCUCAGCUUGAACUGAGUCGAGGUACUGCUUAUAUGACACUGGAGUGCCUCGCGUUAUAUUGUCUUGUUUCCAUUGCUCACUGAGGCCAUUCAUUCAUUCGUUCAUUCCUUCGUUUCGUCCCAAGUAGACACUCACUUAACAUUCUCUCCACACUCACUUACAGCUGGUCUCUGUUUACUUUUGAUUAAACAACAUACUCAAGAUGUUUGGAAAGGCUACUCUCAUGAGCGCGCUGCUCAGCGCUGUCUCAGCUGAAAUCGUCUGGGACGGUCGCUUCAACGACAUGACCUCCAGUGCCGAUCUGUCCAAAUGGUCCUUCGCCAACCCCGUCGGUUCCUACCAAUACUACAUCCACGGUUCCGGCCCCGUGACCGACUACGUCAACCUCGAUGCUUCGUUCAAGAACCCCGCCGACAAGGCUUCCAAGCAAGGUGCCAAGAUCACCAUCGACGAGACGGCAAAGUGGAAUGGCCAGACCAUGCUGCGCACUGAGCUCAUCCCCCAGACCAAGGCGGCCAUCAACCAGGGCAAGAAGUUCUACCACUUCUCCAUCAAGACCUCGACCGAGAACAAGCCCACGGCCACCAACGAGCACCAAAUCGCCUUCUUCGAGUCCCACUUCACCGAGCUCAAGUACGGCGCCUCGGGAUCCGCAAACACCAAGCUCCAGUGGCACGUCGGCGGCGUCUCAAAAUGGGAUGUCGAACUCAAGGCCGACGAGUGGCACAACGUCGCCUACGAGAUUGACUUUUCCGGCGGCUCUGUCACCUUCUGGCACUCCACCGGCAGCGAUGAGCUGAAGAAGACUGCCGGUCCCUUCACCGCCAGCACGCAGUCCAACGGCGCCGACUUCCACGUCGGUAUCCUGAGGCUGCCGGGCGCCAAUGACGCUGCUGGUGCCGAGGAUUGGUUCUUUAGCGGCGUGUACAUCGAGGACGGAGAGCUGACUACCAAGAUCGGUGAUGGAAGUGCUGCUGCACCUAACACUCCUGCUGCUAAGCCCUCUUCUGCUGCACCUUCUCCUACUCCUACUCCCUCUCCUGCUGCUACUAAGCCGGAGAACCAGGCUGGUGGACAGGCUCCUGUUGCUUCUCCCAGCGCUGCACCGUCUUCUUUCUCCACUUCCGUGAUCCCUGCCUCUCCUACUCCUUCUGCCGCUCCUUCUGCCGCUCCUGCUCCUGGUGCUGGAUCUGGUGCUGGUGCUGGCUCUGACGCUGUUCUCCCCAAGGAGUUCACCAUCAAGGAGUUCGUCGCAUGGCUCAAGGCCAAGCAGGGACAGAACUAAGCUAGCAUGUUACGCGCGGCAUAUAGAGCUGAUUAGCCCACCUUUCCUGUAGAACAGUAC